AUGAAUCACGUCUUAGAUGUCAUCUGUGAUAUGAGUACUCGUGUCACUAAUAUGGAUACUCAUUUGAUUAGUUCUAUCAAGGUGGUGCAUGAACGCACUCGCCGACUCGAAUUGUAAGUCCGAGGAAAUCCACGUCGUUCACCCCCUCCUGUCCAAGUUCUAGUCAACCCUCCUGUCAUUCUCCUAUGCCUAAUGAGCCACCCCCUGCUCCAUUUUCUCCCAAUCCUACCCCUCCUGCUACCUGAUUCUCCAAUUGUGCUUGUCAUCAUCUUGACCCUUACAAUCAUUAUAAUUAGCCCUAAUGGUCAUGAUAAACGUCCACCUGCUCCCUAUGAUCCCUACGAUCGGCAUAAUGAUUGUGAUCGACAUCCGCCCGAUAUUGAUAACCAUUAGAAUGAAAUUCAAAAGAGUAUUCGAGUCAAUGCUCCGUAUUAUGAGGGCUCUAAAGAUCCUAAGGACUAUCUUGAUUAG